CAGCAGCAGCACUCGUCCUGAACACUCACCCGCCAGCUCGUGUCACAUGACGUCACACCAGAAUCCACUGUAUCCGGCUGAUCUACAGGUGCAGUUAACGCUGGGAGACCUCGGUCCUGGAUACUUCUACUUUUACCAGGCUGGAGAAGAUGGGGUGCUGCUUUAGUAAGGAGCUCAACCCCGGCCUGCAGUCUGAGAGGAGCAGUCUGUUACAGCCCCCACAGCACGAUGGGCUGAAUGAAGCAACAGAGCAGGUCAGGCAACACGCUGCUGCUGUAGCUCAACAUGUGUGCCUGGAGGAAGAAGAGAAACGUGCGUCAGACAGACCGGCCCGGGGGAACCCUCUGGACGGAGAGGAAACCCACCCAGAACUGGACAACAAAGUUUGUACGGAGGCGGUCGUGGUCAGCAGGGACGACACCCAGCAGACAGAGAGGGAUCUUCAACCAGCGAACACUCAGGAGGAGACGGCGGCUAUUAUUAACACAACCAGCAAAAAAACACACACAAACACGGACACAGUGGCAGGCGUGACACGCUCCGCCAUUCCCAGCCCCAAGUCGGCUCCCUAUAUGGAAGUGUCCACACACCGUCCAGUCAAACAGAAGAUUCUGGACAAUGCCACGCUCAGGGCUUUAUGGUUCAGUCAGGCUCCAGAGGGGCAGGAGCUGCACAAACCGGCCCUCUCUUUGUCAGCUCCGUCCAGGUUAACCUCUCCUCCCUGGCCAGGCAGCAUCACAGAGACUGAGGUGUCACAUGACCGGCCUCCGUUGGUCAGCGAGUGUCAGGGGACACGGCAGGAUUCCCCCAGAGCAGAGCACAAGGAGGAGGAUGGCGAGGACGUCUGCGUCGUCGCGACAACACUGUGUCAAGUUUUGGAAACGAGGACCCGCAGCUUCUACAGCAUUUGUCCGAUUGACGCAGACGACCUUGAACAUGACCAGUCCCAAACAGCUGGAGCAACACAGUCAGUGCUCACAGCUGAAGCAGAAACAGCUGCUCCGCCCUGCAGAGUGGAGUCUCCGCUCUGCAGCCAAUCACACUCAGCGGCAUCUACAGCCUGCCACCACACACAUGUCACAGAACCUAAAGUGACCAAGCAGUCACAUGGAGAGGAAGCAGCUUCUUUGCAAUCACUUGCUGCUCAACACUCUUCCAUCAUCUUGUUACAGACACAUACUGAUAAUUCGCUGUCAGCAGAGCAAACCGUCUCAACACAACCUCAGCUGGUGGAUCCUCUGUCUGACACGCUGCCUCUCACCAGCGAUCACAUACACAGCGAGGACCCUCAGGCAUCUGCACCCAACAGCCCUCAGCUUCAAGCUCUGAAUUGGCAGACAGCUGUGAAGGGCACGGAUGAAUUCACAUAUGAUGCUUCCAGCUCAGUGAUGGCACACACAGUUGGAAAUACGUGUGAGGAGGAGGAGGAGGAGGAGAGUGAGUGUGCAGAGGGUGAGGCAGUGAAGGAGCCAGAGGACAUAACAGUUACAGAGGACAGUGUGAGUGUGGAUAGUGGAUGUAAGACAAGUGUGAGUUCAGAGGAGGAGAUUGUGAACUUGAAGGACCCCAGAGCAGUGGAGGGAGACUUUAAUACCACAGAAGAAAUAGUGAUCAACUUCCAGGAGAAAGGAGCAGAUCAAACUGUGAAUUCUGACUUCAGGCCUCUGGACGUCCAUCUGCCUCAAUCUGAACUCAGUGCAAAGCAGGACGUCCACAAUUCACAUUCAGACACUAGAACUCCUGAACUGAAUUCUUCCUGUCAGAACCCCGUAUCUUUAGAGUUCCAGAAAGAACAGGGGGAUGCUCUCUGUCUGCCUGGAGGACGGACUCAGCUGGAAGAACCCUCCCAGCAGAGCGAGCCCAUCCCUGUGAGAAUCCACGCUUCAGACGGUGAUGUUGGUCACAGCGGCACAGCAGACACAACUCUCACUGAGGUGUCGUCGUUUUCCACCAUCUCCACGGCGUCAUCACUGCCCACUGAGCUGAUCGCCUUCUGCUGCCACACUAAUGUGACACAUCUGUCAGAUUUAACUAAAAUCCAGCAGAGUGGAUCCAUCAAAACUGAUGUUAAUUCAAACCAUCCAACAUUUGAGUUGAGCAGCAUUAAGUCUUCUAGUAAAGGUACUCAUCUGCCAUUCAGUCAGUCUCAGAAAAGCAGUGCUGGGUUUGGUCACUGUGACAAACUGCUUGAUAGCUUUGUGAAAACUGAAUGUGAGGCGUUGUCUGGCUCAGAUGAGCCUGUCCAGGAUGUCCUGAUGAGUGGAGACGACAGACAGACUGAAAAAAAUCCAAAACCAAAUAUUGCUCAGGAAAGUAAGCAUGAUGAGGGAGGUGAUAAUCCAGCUGGUUUACCUGAAACAAGCCAAAACACCUCCCAACCGGAGAUGAGUGAUGAAAAAUGUGACGAGUUGUUGGAACACCGUGAUGACUGUGUGGUUGUAAAUUCCAGCAUCACUCCUCAGGGCCCUGAGAAACCUGAGAGCAGCAUUGAGGAUUCAAGUCACGGUCCUCUCACUCAGCCUCCUCCUGCUGAAAGUGAGCUUUCUGUUACUGCUCCCACCACUCCUCCUCCCUCCUCCUCAGCUGCCUCUCAGAGCACAUCUGAGGCUGAAACUGCUGCUGCUGCUGAGAGUGAAUGCGGCCAAAUCCUACUGAAGACAAAUCCACCACAGAAAGUGUUAGUUAAGGAAUGUGAGGAAGUAGAAGAAACAACAGUUGAACAGCAGACUUACACUGAUGAGCUUAUCUUGAUGCCAGUCAAGCACAAAUCUGCAGAUACAGUCGAGCAGCUCCCACACUGUCCUCAUCUAACCUCUGAAAGCCCAGAAAUAUUUUCCUCUGACUGUACAAACCCUCUCGUUGAUGCUGACAGUUUAGCUCAAUCUGAUCACCUGGUUGAGAUGGAGAUGAACACAUCACCAGUACAGUACUCCUCCCAAAAGACUGAUAUUCAUUCAGAAACAACAAAUACUUUAGUUACUGAGACGCCGCCCCAAAGCAUCGAGGUGGUUGAUACCAGCAUCUCUGACGACCCGAGCUGUCAGGAUGAUAGAACCUCGGCCUUAAACAGCCAGAUGGACCACACUUUGAUCGCAGCGGGUUCAGGUCAGAUCGAUCUUUAUUCCUCUGAGUGUAAGAAACCUCAAGUUGAUGCUGACGUACAGCAUGAAACUGGUGACAGUUUACCUCAACCUGAAGAUCCAUCAAGCACAAAUCAAAUGGAAGACAAAGAUGAUCUUCAGAUGAAAGCAUCACCAGUAGAGAAGCCUGCAUUAGACAGUGAUGUUUGUACAGAAACUCAUAAUAAUUUACUUCCUGAGAGCCCAUCCCAAAGCACUGAGCUCCAUUCUGCCCCCAGCAAUUGUGACUCACACGGGAUUCUUGAUGACUUAAGUUGUCAGGAUGACAGAACCUCAGCUUCAGACUGCCAAGAGGAUCACACUUUGAUGGCAGUGGACCCAGGUCAGAUCGACAUUUAUGCCUCCACUCCAUCGUACGAGAUUCACCUCCUGGGUCGUGAACCAUCAUCAUGUGCUGCUGCUGAGGAGGGAGAGAAGGAAGGAGGGAUGAGGGAGAUGGUGUCUGAGCUGCUGGGAGAUGACGGAGACUCCUCGGUCUGCCGUCUUUAUCCUCACCCCUGGAUCAAGCUGGGCCUGGAGCAGAGCUGUGAGGGUUGGGCUCAGGGAGCGUCUGAAGCCGAACCCAGCCAGAGGGACGGCCAGAAGGAUAUCGACGCAGAGGUGAUCCCAGCCUCGGUGUCAGAGCUGCAGCCCUCCAUGGCUCUGCUGGGAGCUUACCCCUACAGCACUGUGAUGCCUCAGGGAUCCUGUGUGUGGGACUGGCACACAGAUUGCACUCAGUGUGCACCUGUUCCUGCUCCUGUCCUUAACCCUGAUGCUGAGAUAUGGACCAAUCACAGCUUUAACCUGAACGUCUCUGAAGCUGCCUACCCACAGCAGCCGUGGCUGCAGGUCCCCAACAAUCUGACCGGUCAGGAAGGAUAUGUGCCAGAGUUUCAGCUGCACAACAUGGGACUGGUUGAGGCUGAUCCAUCACUGGAGUAUCAGGCAGUGACCACUGAAGCCUCUGCAGUUAAUGGAGAGGUUGGUGACCCACCUGUCACAGAUGAGAUCAGACAAGAGCUGAGCACAGUGUUGGAGUCCUGCCUGACCAGGGAACACCUUUGCAGUGAUUUGUACCUCAAGUCUCAGAUGGACAGUGAUCAGUAUGUUUCCAUCGCAACCCUGGCCAGUCUGGACAAGAUCAAGAAUCUCACCACAGACCUUGACCUCAUCUCUGAUAUUCUGAAAUCCAUGCCACAGAUCCAGGUGGCUCCAUGUGGACAGAAAGUUCGGCCCAGACAGAGCCGCUGUGUUGUCAUCCUGCGUGAGAUUCCUGACACCACACCUCAAGAGGAGGUGGAAGCUCUCUUUGAAGGAGAGAAUCUUCCCAAGUUCCUGAGCUGUGAGUUUGUGAAUAAUGACAACUGGUUCGUUACCUUCAAAUCAGAGGCAGACGCACAACAGGCAUACACAUACCUUAGGGAAGAGGUUCAGGUGUUUAAGGGGAAACCCAUCAUGGUGAGGAUAAAGGCCAAAGCAAUGGCAGCCACUUCUUACGCACCAAACAACGGCUACAGACCCGCCCAGCUGGACCAGUGCACCAAUCACUACUCCUACUUCCCCCCGACCACCUACCAGCAGUCCUGCCCCGCCCACAUGCCGACACAACUGCUGUACGACUUGACCAAUGAGAUGUGGACCUCAGCUGCUGCAGAAUACCAAAAAUGUGAUGAGCAGCCUCUACUGCUGAUGGAUGACUUCAUGAACGGGUUUGCUACAGCUACCAACUUCAAACCAAACAACUCACACAGGCUCAGGAGAGGAUCGAGGUGGUCAAACUCUGACCGCUGGCAGUCUCAACAGAAUGACUCCUCACAGUCUUCAGAGCAGCCAUCGGUGGAUCACUCUUCCUCUCUGAAGACGGGUCGAGGCCGUUCGCGAGGCAACUCACGCCGUUGGGGCAGAGGAGGAAGGACGGAGGCGAACAAGCAAGUCAUGUCACCAAUUUCUGAACCAGGAAGGAGAGGAAACUUCAGCCAGAGGAGGAGAGAGAACCAGAGAUCCUGGGAGAAAUCCACUCACAGCAGUCAGAGUCAAACGCCUCCUCGUCAGCCGUCUCCUCCUCUCGAACUCGGCCUGACGAGUUUCCCUCCUCUUUCUACGGCGAGCAGCGUCACAACAACCAGACCUGCUGCCAACAGCAACACCGAGGGUCCAGUGAGAAGCAGCAGCUCCAACACAUCGCUGCCAGCAGAGCCUGAUUCAGCCCCUCAGCAGAAAGUGAAGGAGAGUGUAGAGGUGACCAGUGAAGUCAAACCAGUUCAACUCCCACAGGAACCAGUCACAGAGUCCAAGAAACCAAGUUACGCUGAGAUCUGCCAGAGAGCUUCAUCCAACGAGCCGCCGCCUCCCGCUGGCCAGACGUCCUCCGAGGAAGAACACAUCGUCAGAUAAGACGGACAAAGAGACGCUUGUGAACUUUUUUCCUUUUUUUUUUUGAUCUUAUGAGUGUCUAAAAAUGUAGAGUUGUAAUGUCCUGAUUGUAUAAUUAGGCUGCGUAUUGACUGUGAAGAGUAGUCUGUGAGCACCGUGCUGAGAGAUUGUGAGGAUUUAUACCACGAAGCACAAAACACAGACUUUAAAUCAACUGAAUUUAGCUCGGAUGUGACAUGAACUCUGGUCUGACUUUUCGAAGGUUUGGGUCCGGGUCUGUCAAAGGCAACUUUUCAGGUUUUUAUGCAGGAAGCUUGAAUGAAGUGUAAAUGUUGAUCUGCUCCUUUACUUUAGUUUUAUUUCUUGGUUGGUAGUUGAAGUCAGUUUAUCGAGAGCCAGGUUCCAUUUUGAUUUAUUCUUGUUUUGCUGAUUUCACCCUCACUUCUUCUCUUUCCUCACUGUUGUGAUUCUGAACUCCUUUUGGUGAUUUUUUUCUUUCCCCCCAUACAUCUGUGUUAUUCUUUAGCCUACCUGUGGACACACAAGAUGUUUUUUUCUUUAAAUAUUAGUGCUCGUCACGCACGUUGUUUCCAUUUUCAGAUGUUAAGGCCUGUAAUGAACCGAGGUCCAGUGUCUAGUAGUGAGUUUCUUACUAGUUGAGGGAUCAAACUGAAUUUGAAAAGCACUGAAUAUCAAUCCUUUAUCUCUGCAUGAUUUUUUAACAUUUAAUUUUAGGAUUUCAUUUCUGUCAUAUUUUUAUUUACGUUAAACAGGAGUGUUUUUGUGCGCUACAGCUUCAGUUUCAUGUCUAAUUGAUGCACCUUUGUGUUGCAGUGUUUUUAUUUCACUUCAGGCCUUCAGCUGAGUGACGUAGUUACUGAGAGUCCGUAGACAAGCACUGUUUCAACACAAAGAACUUGAACUGUAUUUGAGAACUUGAACUUGACUGUAGUGAAGCCAAUGUUGUUUUGUUUGGAAUAUGAAGUUUUAAAUGUAAAGCAGUUGUUGUGAAGAAAGAGCAGGCAUGUUUGUGGCACGUUUCUUUGUACAGUUGUACAUAAUAUUGAACAAAUAUUAAAAAAGUGCCUUUGAUGUUAAA